CUAAUCAUCUAACGGAGAGGGCUGUUUUUGAAACGCGGUAUUUUUCAAACGGCAAUCACACCUAAACAAACCGAUCUGUACAUCAGAGAGUCGAUAUUACGUUAUAUUUCUGCAGUUUACAGUAAGUUUAUCCACAAUAUGGAUUUGGACUCGCUUAAAUAUGCGGAAUUGCAGCGCCUCGCUAAAGAAGUUGGAAUGAAAGCGAAUAUGAAGGCUGAAAAGCUGCUGAAAGCUUUAAAAGAGCAUUUUUCAAAACAACAACAGCAGACAUCGGAGAAUGGAAAUGAUGCAGCCACCGCCGACGCGCACGAUGCUGUUCCGCCCGUGGACGAGCAAAGCGCGUACACGGCAACGUUUGUGACCGAGCGCCGAGGAAAAGGCCGCACUGCCAAGAGAAAGCUCAGUGACUCCACACCUGUCACUGCUCAGACUGAAGAAAAGCAGGCACAAGAGGAGAGCCGAAGGGGCUCCAAGAGAAGGAAGGUGUCCUCAACCAAGGUGCCCUCCUCUCUGAUUCCCCCUGAAAUUUCUACUAAAGAGGAUGCUGUGGAGAAAGCACUAGAAUCUGGGGAACCCAAUCCAGGAUCCGAAGAUGCUCCUACAGAGCCAAGUGUGAAAGGUGUGGGCAGAAGAACGGUGGGUAAAAUCCCCCGUCAUGAAGGGCUGAUGAAGAGGAAACCUACUCUGCGGCCGACAACUCCUAAUUUCAAGAAACUCCAUGAGGCUCAUUUCAAAAAGUUGGAGUCCAUCGAUUCUUAUGUGCAAAGGAAGAACAAACAAAUGGAGGUGCUCAGGAAUUCAGUCAAGGAGCUGAAGACACUAUCAGAAAAGACGCUGACGAAAUCGGUCGAGACAAAGGCUCAAACAAAGGUGCCUGCUAGCCGAGCGUCUCUCUUCAGUCCUGAAGUGCAGAAGAAACCAGUGCCAGAAAGACGCAGGCUCACUCAGCAGUCUGCUAGCAAGUCUGCAUUGAAGGACAGCUCCACUUUUAAGCCAACCGUCCUCACCACCAAUAAAAUCAAUGUCAGGUUCACGCAGGCCACUCAAGAUAACGAAUACAAGCGUUCUCUGGUAAAGACUCCAGCUCGUAUGUCUCCUCUUGUCCCUCUCACCUCCACUCCGGGAAGAAAAUCUAAUGUUCAUACCAAACCUGAACUUAAUAAAAGUGUCAACGCCAUCAAUAAAACACCUGGAGUUACUCCAUUUGUUUUCAAUGGGAACAACAGCGUGUCAGUCACGCCUGGUACCACCAAGAAGAACGCAUUUGAUCUGAAGGCCAGUCUCUCUCGUCCACUCACCUACAAACCGCACAAAGGAAAACUGAAGCCUUUUGGAGAUGCACAGGAGAAUACAGCACUUAAUAAAUCUCAGACUGUUCCUUCACACCAGAAAAACUAUAAACAGCACCAAGUUCAAACCAGAGAAGAGCGACGUGUCAAGCACACAGAAGACCGAAAACAGAAGAAAGAGAAGAUGUUGGGUGCCAGACGAGGCCUGGUUAUGGCCUAACUCCAUUGUUUUUACUGUUUUGCCAUCUGACACUCACUUCUACAUGUUUAGCUUUGGUCGGAUUUGUUCCAAACUGUUGUACAUUUUUACUCUUCUGUAACCACUUGUUUAUUAACAUACGUUAAUUUACAGUGAGGUAAUCAAACAAAAUCUUUUUUUUUAUCCAUUUUAUAGAUUUUAUACUUUUGAAACAUUGUUUUCAAUGUAUGUGUGAAGAGAUGCCCUGAUAAAUUGUAUUUAGAAUGAAUGGUUACAUCUGUACUGGGAUAAAAACAGUAGUCACUCUAAACAUUGGUCACACAAAAUGUCUAUUUGAACUUGAGCAAUAUUCAUAAAUUAUCAUUUUGUACUUCUUUGUCUUUCAUGUGGUCAUUUUUUUUUUUUUUUUGUGUAUGUAUAUAUGUGUAUGUUUAAAAGACGCCAGCCUUUAAAAAAUACAUCCAAUGUCUUUUUUCCCCCUCAAAGUUUUUAUUAAUAAAACACCGUGUUUGUUAUCUGUGA